AUGUCUAGAGUUAGAGGCUUUGAUUUAGUUACCCUUGCAAUGUGUAUAGGUGUAGGGAUCUAUACUGGCAAUAAGUUCUUCACCCCAUUAGUGGUAGAUCAAUUACAGAAAGAUGGUAACUUGAGAAGCGAUAUUCCAGUUCCUGAAUUUGAUGCUGAUGGUAACAGAAAAGAUGUUCAAAGAGAAUUAGAAUCAUUGAAAGAAAAACUUCAAGAAACUAAAAGCCAAUAA